CUUGCACCAUACUUCAACUAGAAAAACCAUACACAUUACUAUCUAUGAUAAUCAUUUCAUCACAAAAUAACAAUGACAAAAAAACUCAUACUCAUUUCCAUCCUUAGAUUUCUUAGCAUCAUCACCCUUUUCACAAAAUCACUUGCACAAUCUCCAAAUUAUGUAGGUGAUGAUUGUCACAAUUCAACUGAAAAAUCACUUACAACUACAUACAAAUCCAACCUUAAUAAAGUCCUUUCAUUGCUCUCAUCUGAUGCUAUUGUAAGUAAAGGAUAUAAUCAUACAAGUAUAGGUGACAAUACAGUUGAUGCUGUCUAUGGUCUGUAUGAUUGUAGAGGUGAUGUAACAGGAUCAUUUUGUCAAUUUUGUGUCUCCACUGCUGCCUCAGAUAUUCUUCAACACUGUCCUAAUAGAGCUUCAGCUGUUAUAUGGUACAACUUUUGCAUUCUCAGGUAUUCCAACCAUAAUUUCUUUGGGAACCUCACAACAAAUCCAUCAUGGCAAAUGUUGGGGUCAAAAAACAUCACUAAUCCACAAGAACUUGAUAAAGGUGAGGAUAAUAUGCAAAGUUUAAUAAGUGAAGCUACUUUGGAGACCAAUAAGUUGUAUGGAAUGAGGGAAUUCACUUUGAGUCCUACUGAAAAAAGAUAUGGAUUGGUGCAGUGUAGUAGGGACCUUAGUGACAAGCAAUGUAAUCAAUGUUUGGAGGCUAUGUUAGACAAAGUUCCUAAAUGUUGUGGGACAAAGAUUGGUUGGCAAGUUGUUGCUCCAAGUUGUUUGAUAAAGUAUGAUGAUUUUAUGUUCUACAAGCUUAUUUUUCAAACUUCUCCUCCUUUGCCUAAUUCAGCACUUGCAGGAGAGCAAGGAAGAUCAAGUAAAUCAAAUAUCUUAAUCAAAAUUAUUGUGGUUGUGUUGGUGGUGGCACUUAUUCUCAUAAGUUGUUGUAUCUUCAUCGUAUGGAGGCGAAAACAUUCAAAUAAAGAUGGACUACCAUCAAAGACAACUCCUAUAUCUCAACAUGGCCAUAUUCAAGGAGAGGAUACAUAUAAUGCAGACCUCCCAAUAAUCCCUUUAAUAUGGAUUCGACAAAGCACUAAUAACUUUUCAGAAUUUUGUAAACUAGGAGAAGGUGGAUUUGGUCCUGUAUACAAGGGUAAUUUAGUUGAUGGAACAGAAGUUGCAAUCAAAAGGCUCUCUAUAACAUCUGGUCAAGGUUCAGAAGAGUUCAAGAAUGAAGUAAUCUUUAUUGCUAAAUUGCAACAUAGAAACCUUGUGAGACUUUUGGGUUGUUGCAUUGAAGAUAAUGAAAAGUUGCUUGUAUAUGAAUACAUGCCAAACUCUAGCCUUGACUUUCAUCUAUUUGAUGAGGAAAAAAGAAAACUUCUGGAUUGGAAGUUAAGGCUGAACAUUAUCAAUGGAAUUGCAAAAGGACUCUUAUACCUUCAUGAAGACUCUAGACUUAGAGUAAUCCAUAGAGACCUAAAAGCAAGUAAUGUUCUCUUAGAUCAAGAGAUGAAUCCAAAAAUAUCUGAUUUUGGAUUGGCAAGGGCAUUUGAAAAAGACCAAUGUCAAGAAAACACAAGAAGAGUUGUCGGCACAUAUGGAUACAUGGCACCAGAGUACGCUAUGGAAGGGUUAUAUUCUGUGAAAUCUGAUGUUUUCAGCUUUGGAGUUCUUUUAUUAGAAAUAAUUUGCGGAAGAAGGAAUGGUGGAUUCUAUCUCGCGGAGCAUGGUCAAAGUCUUCUUGUAUAUAGUUGGAAUCUUUGGUGUGAAGAUAAAAGUUUGGAACUGUUAGAUCCAAUACUGAAAAAUACAUACACAACAAAUGAAGUUAUUAAAUGCAUACACAUUGGUUUGUUAUGUGUACAAGAAGAUGCAGUGGAUAGACCAACCAUGUCCAAUGUUGUUGUAAUGCUAGCAAGUGACACAAUGACACUUCCCAAUCCUAAUCAUCCAGCAUUUUCAGUUGGAAGAAAAGUAGUGGAAGGUGAAUCAACAUCAAAAGCUUCCAAUGAUCCUUCUGUCAAUGAAGUAACAGUAACAAAUAUUUUACCUAGGUAGGUAGUGGAUAUAACAUGGUAAAUAAUUUGGACUCAAAUUUCCUAUUAUCGAAAUUUCUUAAAGUCACUUCAGUAAGUUCAUUUAAGUCGUAAGAUAAACAUAAGAAAAUUUAUACAUAAAUUUUUGCAAAUUGAGAUAUCAAAAUCUCAGCCAUUUGAUUUUUAUCAACAAUCGAGAUUAUUAGAUAAUAUACUAUUGGAUUUAUGUUGUUGGACCUUGUAUAUGUACAAGUUAUAGUAGUCUCGUCGUUCUAGGUUUUGGUGGAUAUUCUCUUUGUAACUCUUUUCAUCAUGGUAAAUUAUUAUUUAGUGUAUUGAAA